CGGCCAACUACGACAACCACACCUCUUCAGCCAGCAUAUCGCAGCUCCAUCACCACGCCUCCCAUUGCGCUCCCUACCUCUUCUACUCUUGUGCGCGCCUUCUCUUGCAGCCUAGCCGUCCCUGUACCCCCCCUCUACUACGCCCAUUAUCUGGUGUGUUGUCGUUCCAGGACGAGGCUCUCGCAACGCCGUCCCCUGACCCCUCACCCUCUCCCCGAACUCCGACUUCCGGCGUCUUCAACACGGUUACAUCCUCUGUUCUCGAUGCCCAAUCUGUAGGCUAGGAUUCUUUGUACACGACACUAGACGCAACGGCUUCGCCUUCGGCACUAGCUCCACGAGGCCCGUCCUCGCUCGGCCUACACCAAGCCUUGCCGUCCCCGCUACUACUCGUUCGAAUCUUCGACACGGAGCUUCUGACCGCCUGGGCGAAACACGUAUCAUAAAAUGGACAAGUUCCGCCGGCGUGUGCUUUCGCGUGCAAAGGACGGCAAGUCGUCCAAGAAGAAGGACUCCAGCUCCGGCACUUCUUCUCCCUCCCACGGCGCUACUCAAUCGCCCUCCAGCUCCGCGCACGCGACCCCGACCUCGUCACAGACACAGCUCGUAGAUUCCCGCAACAGACCCUUGCCUUCAGGGGAGAAUUCGUCGGUCGCGGGAAAUGCGCUACAACCAGGGCAGUCAGCCCUGUCAGGCUCAUCAAGUGGUAACUCUCAUUUCGGAGGACAACAAAGCUUUGGCGCUGGCAAUGCAGGCCCCUCCGGUCCAGGGACGGCCCAAAGGCUGGGUCAACCCCUCGCACCAAGCGUAAUAAUCAGCCCCAGCGCUCCGCAUGUUCCCCAGCCUGGUGCAACCGAGACUAUGCCAGGCGAUCUCCUACCCCCCAAGCCCGGACAGAAGUCACUGAUCUUCGGUGGACUGCAGGCGCUGCCCAAAGAUAACGUGGAAGGCAUUCGGACGCCGAAGCGACAGCAUUCGUCACGUUUCGACAUAUCAGACCAGCGCCAACGUGACUUGGAGAAACUACCGGGCUUCCACGAGGUGCCGCCGAACAAACGCGAGGAGCUGUUUAUGCAGAAGAUUGACCAGUGCAAUAUCAUCUUCGACUUUAAUGAUGCGAGUGGAGACAUGAAAUCCAAGGAGAUCAAGCGCCUCGCACUACAUGAGCUUCUCGACUAUGUCGCAAAUAAUCGGCAGGUUAUCACCGAGAAGAUGUACCCCCGGGUUGUCGAGAUGUUUGCGAAAAAUCUGUUCCGCCCUAUUCCUCCCCCUAUGAACCCCCAGGGCGAGGCAUUCGACCCAGAAGAGGAUGAGCCUGUCCUCGAAGUAGCCUGGCCGCAUAUCCAGGUCGUGUACGAGUUCUUUUUGAGGUUCAUUGAGAGCCAAGAUUUCAACACGAACAUCGCCAAGGCAUACAUUGAUCACAGCUUUGUAUUGAACCUUCUGGAACUGUUUGACUCGGAAGACCCUCGGGAACGUGAUUUCUUGAAGACCACCCUUCACCGUAUCUACGGCAAAUUUCUCAAUCUGCGUUCUUACAUUCGAAGAUCGAUAAACAACGUCUUUUUCCAGUUCAUCUACGAAACCGAGCGCUUCAACGGAAUUGCUGAACUGCUUGAGAUUUUGGGAUCCAUUAUCAACGGCUUUGCCUUGCCACUGAAGGAGGAGCACAAGCUUUUCCUCACUCGGGUGCUGAUACCCAUGCACAAAGCCAAGAGCCUCAGCAUGUACCACCCGCAGCUGGCGUAUUGUAUCGUCCAGUUUUUGGAGAAAGAUGCCGCAUUAACCGAAGAGGUUGUCCUUGGCCUGCUGCGAUAUUGGCCCAAAGUAAACAGUACAAAGGAGGUCAUGUUCCUGAAUGAGGUGGAGGACAUUUUCGAGGUGAUGGACCCGGCGGAAUUCGCCAAGGUCCAGGAACCCCUUUUCAACCAAUUAGCGAAAUCGGUUGCGAGCCCGCAUUUCCAGGUGGCUGAACGGGCCCUGUAUUUCUGGAACAACGAAUACUUCUGCAACCUCGUCAGUGACAAUGUCGAGGUCAUUCUGCCCAUCAUGUUUCCAUCACUGUAUGAGAACUCAAAAGGACACUGGAAUAGGACGAUCCACGGCAUGGUGUAUAACGCAAUGAAGCUUUUUAUGGAGGUGAAUCCUCAGCUUUUUGAUGACUGCUCCCAUGACUACGCCGAACAUCAGAAUCUGGCGGGAGAAAGACAAAAGAGCCGGGAAAGCCGAUGGGAGAAGCUCGCCAAACUAGCAGAGGCGCGCAAAAAUGGGACAGCCGAAACAAAGGCGCUACCACCGUCGACGAAUAAAGUGGGAUCUCCCAUGCGGGUGGACGACAGCGAUCCGCUGAGCCAAGAUAGCCAGCGGAGGUUGGAAGCGCUGCGACUGCAAGAUGACGGGCUGAACAGCCGACGGCCCAAGGAGCUCGAGCGGCAGAGCAGCCAGACUUCGGUACGUUGAUUCUUCCGUCCUACGAGGUCGACAGGGCAGUGCAGUUUUCGUGGCCGGAUUGGUGUACUUU